UGGCUCCUCCCACUCGCUGUUUCCUCUGGCAUCUCCCUCUACUGUCUCCUUAUCAUUUUUCAUACCGUGCCGACUCGUGCCUGAUCAGAGAUCAGAAGGGAAUAAAUGAAAGGUUUCUACGUUUCCAUGGCACCCUCUCCUUUCUCUGCAGACUGAGCUGGGAGGGAGGGGUGGAGUUCCCCCUUCCUUUCUGUCUCUUCCGAGCUUCUGGAUUGGUUGUUGGGCUUACCUCUCUGUGAUGUGUGCCAGAGCAGCAUUCUUCCUUUUCUGACCUUGUCUCAGAUGCAGUUGCCCAUGCACCAGGGAGGGAGGCUUUCAGCACACACUCACACUUUGUGUCUGGGUGAGGAGAUCUGCUGGGUUAGAGGACUAAGCCGGACAGUUUGUCCUUGGAAACUGCCCCGGUGAGGUGAGGCUGAUAUCCGUGGACUGGCAGGUCCUUGGAGCUAUUCACACAAGGUUUCUGAGAAGACUUCUGAAAGUAAUCUAAAGGUCUUGUCUCUGUGGGAAGAGUGAGAGGCCAUGGCUCAUGCCGCAGCUCAACUUAAGAAGGCCAGGUCCGAGAUGGACCAGCCUCCGGACCUGAAGGCUCUGGAGAAAGCUAGAGAGAAGAGGCGCCGUUCCCGGGAACGGGCUGAACGCAAGCGGAAGUCGGAUAGCAACACCAGUUUUCUGCGAGCAGCAAGAGCAGGGAACAUUGACAAAGUUUUGGAAUAUCUCAAAGGAGGUGUGGACAUCAGUACCUGUAACCAGAAUGGUCUGAAUGCUCUGCAUCUGGCUGCCAAGGAAGGUCAUGUGGAUCUGGUCCAGGAGCUGUUAGAUCGGGGUGCAUCUGUGGAUUCAUCCACAAAGGUAAGAUAUAAUAUAUCCAUGCAUAACAUCCAACAUCAGCUGUAGUCGUUGUACAUGUUUACAUAUCCAGUUUUAACAUGUAAUAUUGUUCUAUAGAUAAACCACCUGUUUUCAUUCACUGUUUCAACAUAGCAGUAAACACGUUGUUGUCGGCUUGUGUCAGAAGCUCAGUUCUUUAGCCGAGCUUGACCUAUAGCUCCAUGACCGCUGAUCUUUCCUCUGUGAGUCUGAAAUCUGACACCAGACAGACAAGUCAGUCUUUAUCGAGCUUCCUUUUCAAAAAACUUCUAGUGAUGUUUAAACCAACUUAUUAAUUUAAAAGAGAUAUCCUCUGCAGUUAUGACAGAUGUUAUUCAUUGAGAAAAACAAGUUCUGCAUGUUUUUACUCCCGAAACAGAGCUCCAGAGUAAAGGUGGAGGGUUAAAGGAAAAUGAUACGUACAGUGGGGUCAGUGCCAUGGGGCCAGGCCCCUCCUCAGAGAAUACCGGUCUUGCCAUAAGCUGCAAUAAGAGAAGGAGUCAUGUUGCAACUAACCUUAGUGAUGCUCCAAAGUGCAAGUGUUAGCAAACAUUAUGCCGGAAAGUAUUUCUAAAUGGACGAAGAAUUUUAAAGUUACACAAAAGAUUACUGUGAGUAUGUAGUCUUUUGUAUAUUCAACUGCAAACUUUUUGCCACUGUAUCUUAUGACAUGGACUGUGUUUGUGAGACAUACUGUAAGUGGAUUCUCUCCUUUUGGAUUUGGUGAAGGUGUCAUGGGAGUUUAAUUUCCUAUUCAGUUGUUGUGGUGACCUGGCAAAGACCAUGUCAGGGCCGUGCAGAGGCCACUAAAGGGGCAGGUGCUCAAGCCCGCCUAGUCCCCCCCUCUGCACGUGUCUAGUCCUGUGUGACAUUCUGUGUGGUGUGCCACAGUCAGUUUAAAAGUUGUGCAGUCCCUGUUUAAAACAAUUAUUUUAGUAAUCAAGUAAUCUAUUCAUUAUUCUGAUGAAUAAUCAAGUAAUCGACAAAAAUAUUUAGUAAAAUAAAAUACUGACAAAUAUUCGCAUAACAGCAGUAUUAAUAUUGGGUGUCAAUAUCAACACAAAUUCUCAUAUUUAUGCAUCCCUAACAAUUAUUUUUCUGAAGUUUAGAAAAAUAACCUGUACAGCUUAUGUACUCACCAGCCAAUUUAAUAGGUACGCCUUGCUAGAACUGGGUUUGACCCCCUUUUGCCUUCAGA